AUGUCGUAUCAUUAUCAAGCAGCAAAUGAUUUUUUCGACACUUCCAACAACCUGCCACAGGUUCAAAUGCACAAUGGAUACACUGACUUCUAUCCAGCCGAUUCAUCGUUAAUGAUCUCACAACUGCCGACGCAAUCGGCGGUUAUCCCGUCGUGUUCAACAUUGGCGCCAUCGAUUCCUGUUCCGUUGGAGGCAACUGCUUCGUAUAGUUGGCGAGCCGAUUGGAAUCCGAACGGCGCCGUCACUAAUUGGCCAAUUAACUCGAAUGAACCAUCAUCAUCAUCAUCAGCGACGUCGACAGCGACAGUUUCAAAUUAUCGAAACAUUGCUCAAAAUCAAUAUUAUAAUGAGGCGACACCGGCGAUGCCAAUCCGACCGCUGGCGUCAGCGAAGAAGAUGGACCAAUUGCAGAAGCCGUUGACGCGAUUCACGGCGAAGCCAUUCAAAUGUCAUAUUUGCUGCAAGGCGUUCUCGCAAGCCGCCAACCUGACCGCCCAUAAGAGGAUACACACCGGCGAGAAGCCGUUCCUUUGCUCGGUGUGCCAUCGGCCAUUCUCGCAGAGCUCAUCACUAGUAACCCAUAAACGGACGCAUACAGGUGAGCGACCGUAUCCAUGCACACAAUGCGAGAAGGCAUUCACCGAUAGCUCGACGCUUACGAAACACUUGAGAACACAUUCAGGCCACAAACCAUACGGAUGUCCGCUUUGCAUGAUGAGAUUCACUCAAAGCGGAAAUCUGCACCGGCACAUGAAAACUCAUAAAAGAAAUUAA